AUGGAGAACGCCCCAACUUCCGAAGGGAAAGACCCCUCUGUCUUCUUGAGUGAGAUCAUCGGUGCGCCUGUGAUCGUGAAGCUGAAUUCCGGAGUGGUAUACAAGGGUGAAUUGCAAUCAGUCGAUGGAUACAUGAACAUUGCCCUCGAGAAGACGGAGGAAUAUGUGAACGGAAAACUACGACGAAACUACGGCGAUGCUUUCGUGCGUGGAAAUAAUGUACUCUACAUCUCUUCCAGUUAA